AUGUCGCCAUGUCAGCCGCCGCCGGCGAGCUGCCGCGCCGGCCGCACCUCCUCUGUUUUUUCUCCCUCCACCUGCGCCUUGGGAACAUUGGAAAAGAGGAUAAGGUGGAGGAAUCUGUACUCACGGUUACAUCAUUCUGUGCAAAAACAUCCUUCUGGUGCUCAUGUUUUCUCUUCGGAUCCUUCUCAGAUCCCCAAUCCUCCAUCGGCCCUCUCGACCUCUCCAGCCGGCGAGCGACGCUGUCGGCGGUCCAGGCCAGAUCCGGUGUUGGCUCCCCUCCACAGCUUCUUCUCCCUGCCUCCUAUCUUCCACUCCGGCUUCAAGGUCGCGUGGAUCCGCCUUCCGGCCAGGCCCAACGCCGCGCGGCGCAUCAUCGCAGGGAUUCGUCGACCGUCGCUAGUCGUCCUCGCCGAUGGCCGCGGGCGCCUCGGGCACAGCUGCCUAGGUCACCAUCUGGCCUCCACCAUGCCGGACUCCGACGGGUUCGCAACAGUUCCGAAAACCCGCGGCACAGAGUUGUUAGAGAAUACGCAGCCCCGACGGCUACACGCGCCAGCUCUUCUUCCUGACUCCAUCCCCUCACUGGCUCAGUAUCAAGGAGAUUGAGAAGUCAGACAUCUGGAUUUUGGUGUAGAACACAUGUUAUGCUCUGGGUAUGAUGAGUAGUUUAGAGCUCAUUGACUAGUACUAAGCUCUGCCCCUGCCGUUGCUCUUGGGUCAUUUUGAAGAAUUAUUUACAGCUUCUAGAGAAUCUUAGUUGUUGCUGUCUCACCUGGUUCUAAGCAAAUAAAAAUAGUAUUUGUUUC